GUACAUAUAUACUUUCGCUCGCAUAUCACAACUUCAACCUCCGACAAAUUCUUUUAGAGAGAUACACUAGAGAGAGAACUUUUCCUCCUCCUUCUUCAACAAUGGAAGAUAUCAAGGGAAAGGCUAUGGAGGUGGAAAGCGGGGACAUGGCCGACGUUGGUUUACCAAUUCAAGGCAUGGGGCCGCCAAUGAGGGGUGAUCAGGGGAUUGUUUUCCACCAGGAGAAUGGAAGUAAUCGAGUUGGUGCACUGAGGUGACUCAGCGAGUUAAGGGCGAGGAGGAGACUUGCCACCGCCGAGGGUUUUGGCUACUCUGCUUCGGUCAUGCAACGUCACUUCGUACCCAAACCCAUCCACCCUCUGCCUCUUCCUACAACCGAAGUUAAUCCAUUUACUGCGCAGUUUCUCUUCGAGAAAGAACUGAAAUGUAGUGAUGUAGGACCAGCUUGUCGUAUUGUAAUUCCCAUGGGUUAUGCAGAAAGGUAUCUCCCGGCUCUGACUGAUAAAGAAGGUUUUUUCGUGUUCAUGGAUGACAUGGAUGCUUGUGAAAUUUGGGUUUUCCGCUACAGGUAUUGGCAAAACAACCGUAGCUGAAUGUUCGUACUUGAGAAAACUGGUGACUUUGUGAGGGCGCAUGGACUGCAAUCUGGGGAUUUCAUGAUGGUUUACAAAGAUGGUCAAAGUGAAAGAUUUGGUAUCCGGGCUAGAAAGGCUAGUUCCCAAGUGACAGGUCCUCAGCAUGAGUUAAAUAGGUCAAAGAACUACUACGCCGAUCUUACUGCAAUGAAUGGCACCUGCUUUCCCCCUGAAAAUAUCCUGUACAACUUUCCGAUGAAUUUCACCGCUGAGGUGGUGCCAGAUGUUUCAAAUGUCGAACAAUCACUGAGCUAUGGAUCAAUUAAUACCUUCUCUCUGGGUAACUUCUGGUAGUUGAGACGUGGUCAUAAGCUGUCAGCAGAGAUGGUGAUCUCCGGUAAGGUCAUCAGAAUGCUGAUAAUGUAAGUAUAUAACUAGAACAAAGUCGAUAAUUAGGGAUCUUAAAGGGAGCUAUAUAUGUAAAUCUCAUCAACUCAAGAUGGUUUAAAGUAAUUAUAAA